AUGGCUACGUUGGAUGGGUAUUGGGUUUUGAGGUCGCAGUUUCAUUUUCCCAAGUACGACCGGGACGAGAGGAUCAUGUCAUACUUAAAGUUGGCGGGAUUUGGGGACGUCGCAUUGAUCCAAAGGUUUGACCUAAGGGCAAACUUAACAUCCGCAUUGGUUGAGCGGUGGUGUACGGAGACCCACACCUUCAUUAUGCCGUGCGGGGAGUGCACUAUCACAUUAGAAGACGUCGCUAUGCAACUUAGGUUACGAGUUGACGAUGCUGUGGUCAUGGGUCGAAGAAAAGUGUUCGAACCUUCAGUACUAUGCCACAGAUUGCUUGGACGGUCCCCUAGUGAUGGGGAACAGAAUUUCACAUGCUUGACAUUGGCAUGGUUGAGAGCAAAUUUUAAGGAGUUAUCGAGCACUGCCACUGAGCACGAGGUCAUGUGUGCUGUUCGAGCCUAUAUUAUGCAGCUAAUCGGGGUGAUCCACUUAAAGUACCUGCCUCUAUUGAAGGAUUUCUCUCGUGCCGGUAGUUAUAGCUGGGGAUCGACAGUGCUGGCCAUAUUGUACCAUGAGCUUUGCCGAGCAACAAAACAUGGGGUUAUUAACAUGGUUUGUUGUCAGGGUCUGCUGCAAUCUUGGGCUCUAUAUAGGAUGCCGUUUCUAGCGGCUGUUAGGCACCAACCAUAUUCCUGGCCACUUAUGAGCCACGUCUUUGGGAAUUGGUACGAGCCAAACAUUAAUCAUUUACCGCUAAAUGAUAGAGGCAUCCACCGGAGACAAAUUCUUGCGGAUGCAAUAUACUGCACCGAACAUUUUAACCCUUAUUCCUAA